GUUAAACUUCACACUAUUCUUUGUCAAAACCAUUAUGGCGACGAAAUUGUUUCCAUUGUUUCUUGUGUUCCUCUCUUCUCAUGGCUUUUUACUGGAUAAGACACAAAGCAGCAGUGGUCAAUCAGGAACACAGAAUCAAUAUGUGACAGCAUCAGAAUUUUAUGGCGAGACCAAGAUGAGACAAUUGGAAGAUCAACAAUUACGUCGUUACGUCGACAAUGCUCUUGCAAUGCUUACCUCUCAACUGGAACACAAGUUUGAUGCUCUCGAUCAAAAAUUAAUAAGUGGCGAAAAUCAAAGCGUUUCUAGCCAAGCAUAUGAAUCGAUACACCAAAAGUACACUGAUCUUGAGCGCAAAUAUACGGAUUUAGAACGUAAAUAUAAGUCAGUGAAUAAUGAAUUCAAUUUAAUCAAAAGCCAAUUUUUGUCAAUACAAAACAAAACCAGUGAAAACAGAAACGACAUUCAUACGUUGAAACAACUCGGAAACAUCAAACCAUUGCAGGAAGUUCAAACUUUACAACAGGACUUAAAGUCAGUUUCUGCUCAAACACAUUCUCUUACUGUAAACGAACGUGCACGGAGUCAAGAUUUUCUUGCCUUAUAUAAUAUUACUAUAAACCAAAAAUCAGCAUUGAGUGUUUUAAAUGCCACCUCACGGGAACAGUUAAUGAAGCUUCGAGAACUUGAAACGAAUAACUCUAAGCAAUUAUUGAGACUCGAAGAACUAGAAACCAAUACUAGUAAACAACUAGUGAGACUUGAACAGAACCACAAUUCGACAACAUCUGGUAUCAUCAGUAAGAUGGAAGCCAUGAAGAAACAGGAGAAUAAGACCAUGUCCGUGAUGCAGACACAAAUAAACAAGAAUUCAGAAAGAGUUGCCAUGACCGCUCAUCCAUCGCAUACAGCAACAAUAACCAAUACUAUCAUUAAGUUCGAUGAUGUAAAGUUUAGUGUUGGUAUCACCAACCUGGCCACAUACAAGUCCACGGGAAAAUUUACAUGCGAACAAGAAGGACUUUACAUUAUAUCAGCUUCUGUGAUGUCGUUAACCAAUAAUGCCGAAUACUUCAUUUAUCUGAAUGGGAAUCCUAUUUCAGAUACAUUCAUCGGCCAACAUAGCAAUACUAACGUGCAUACUGGUGCAGUGACUGUCACACGAAAGUUAAAACUAAAUGACCAAGUCUGGUUGUAUGCUAUUGGGUCUUGGCUUUAG